AUGAACAGUCUGGUGGCCACGCCUCCUGUCCCUCCUCACUUCUACGAGAACCCUCGAUUCUCGCCUUCUCGUAUCAUGUCGACGCCUUCCUCAUCUUACACCAGCCGAAAGCGGAAAGCCGACGACGAUAGUACCGAUCACGAUGGACGCAUGUCCGCCUCGCCUACCAACUCACCCGCUUUCACCCCCCGUCAGCUUCCCUCAGUUCGUAACAUCAAGCGGUCUCGCCCCAAUGUCUCCGGCCGGCCACUCGCUCUACCUCGACUUUUAGAGACUCUUGACACCGAUGCGUUGCGGACUGUUGUGCGGACGAUGUGUGAACGCCAUCCUCAGCUAGCUGAUGAGGUCGCCCAGACGUCGCCUCGACCAAGCGUCUCCUCGACUUUACAUGUCCUGCGAAAUUACCAAGCGGUGCUCCAGUCCUCGUUUCCUCUCGGCGGGAACACCGAGUCCGACUAUGCGUAUAAUCGAGUUCGACAGCCUCUGACAAACCUACUGGAAGCCUUGAGCGAUUUCACACCGACCUUCUUGCCGCCCAACGAAACACAGCCAUCUGUUUCCCUGAGCUAUCUGGACGGGGCCACUGAGAUCAUACACGCUCUGCCUCGCUGGAGCACGCCGCAAAACAACAUUGAACGUGAUUCGGCAUAUGACGAAAUUUGCAAAGCCUGGAUUUUGGUGAUUCGUGAGGCCGCGAAACGGGGCGGCGGUAUUCAACUACAAUACGGCGGCUGGGAUCAAAAGCUGGCAAAACAUAAUCACAACUCCGAUGGGAAAAUGCAGGCAGCCGUCAACGAACUCGGACUCAGUCUCGGAUGGAUGAACGGCCCGGACUCUCCGGCUCAUCACGGAUCUGGGAACAAUGAGAUGGGAUCGAUUCGAGACCAACUUUUGUCUGGAACUUAUGGUUUAGGCACACCUGUCAAGGUCGGUCCGUGGUGA